AGGCGGGAAUUCAAUAGGCGGAGCAGUGGUUGGCUUUUUUGCAGGCAAGAAGGAGUUCAACAGGUAGAGCGGCGGACGGGUCUUUUUUGCAUUGAAUACAGGCAUGGAAAUGUUCGGGGUGCAGGCCGGAAGUUCAGCAGGUGGGUGGGUUUUUUGCAGGCAGGCGGGAGCCCAACAGAUGAAGCAGUGGGUGGGGGUUGGAAUGAAAAUCCAGAACACAGGCAGGCUGAAGUUCAACAGGUGGAACUAUGGGUGAGGUUUUUUGCAGUGCAUGAAGCCAUGGAAAUGUUCUGAAUGGAGGCAGGCAGAAAUUCAACAGGCGGAGCAGCAGAUGGGGCAUUUUCUAGGACAAGUAGGCAGGCGGGAGUUACAGGUAGAGCAGCGGAUGAGGGAUUUUUCAGGGUGUGCAGGCAGGUGGGAGUUCAACAGGUGCAGCAACAGAUGAGGCUUUUUCAAGUAUGGGCAGGCAUGGGAAUGUUCAGCACACAGGCAGGCAGAAGUUCAAGAGCUGGAGCAGCAGAUGGGGCAUUUUCUAGGAACCCCGUGACGGGCCUGCUGCCAGCCAGCGCUGACCACCCGGACGCCUGGGUCCGCGACAAUGUCUACAGCGUCCUGGCAGUUUGGGCGCUGGGAUUGGCUUACCGCAAGAAUGCUGACCGCGACGAGGACAAGGCCAAGGCGUAUGAGCUGGAGCAGAGUGUGGUCAAGCUGAUGCGAGGCCUGCUGCAGUGCAUGAUGAGACAGGUGGACAAAGUGGAGACCUUUAAAUAUACCCAGAGCCCCCGCGAUGCUCUGCAUGCCAAAUUCGCACCCGGAACCUGCGCCACCGUCGUCGGUGACGACCAGUGGGGUCACUUGCAACUGGACGCCACCUCCUUGUACCUCCUAAUGCUGGCCCAGAUGACGGCAUCAGGGCUGCAUAUCGUCCACAGCCUGGAUGAAGUCAACUUCGUGCAAAACCUGGUUUUCUACAUAGAAGCAGCGUAUAAAACGGCGGAUUUCGGGAUCUGGGAACGUGGCGACAAGACUAACCGGGGCAUCACAGAGCUUAACGCCAGCUCAGUCGGCAUGGCCAAGGCGGCCCUGGAGGCCUUGGACGAGCUGGACCUCUUCGGGGCCAACGGAAGCCCCCAAUCAGUGAUCCAUGUGUUGUCGGACGAGGUGCAGCACUGCCUGUCCAUCCUCCAUUCGAUGCUGCCGAGGGCGUCGGCUUCCAAGGAGAUUGACGCCAGCCUCCUGUCCAUCAUCUCGUACCCAGCCUUUGCCGUCGAGGACACUGAGGUGGUGGAGAAAACCAAGCAGGAAAUCAUCGACAAGCUGCAGGGUCGCUAUGGUUGUUGCCGGUUCCUCCGCGAUGGCUACCGGACUCCCAAAGAGGACCCCCAACGCCUCUACUACGAACCCUCCGAGCUGAAGCUUUUCGAGAGUAUCGAGUGCGAGUGGCCACUCUUUUGGACCUACCUGCUGAUUGAUGGAAUCUUUCGUGGCAAUGACGAGCAGGUCCAGGAGUACCGGGAAGCCCUGGAAGGCAUCCUCAUCAAGGGGAAGGACGGGAUCCGCUUGAUCCCAGAACUCUACAGCGUCCCAUCGGACAAGGUGAGCGGUUUUAUUUGGGGGGGGUCUGCCGUCUGGGUUCCCAUUUCUAGAACCCACAAACUUCUCUCCCUGCAGGUCGACGAGGAAUGCCAAAACCCUCACACGGUGGACCGGGUUCCGAUGGGGAAGCUGCCGUUGAUGUGGGGCCAGUCCUUGUACAUCUUGGGGUGCCUCCUUUCCGAGGGCUUCCUGGCGCCGGGCGAAAUUGAUCCUCUCAACCGGCGCUUCUCGACUGUCCCCAAGCCAGACGUGGUGGUCCAAGUUUGCAUCUUGGCCGAGACGGAGGGGAUCCAAUCGGCUUUGAGGAAGGAGGGGAUUGAGACGGAGACGGUUUCCGGCGUCUGUCCGAUCCGGGUGCAACCGGCGAGGAUCCUCAGCCAUAUCUACGCCCGAUUAGGCCGUAACCAGCACAUGACCCUCAGUGGGCGCCCCUUCCGCCACAUGGGCAUUCUGGGCACCUCCAAGUUCUACGAUAUCCGGAGCACCAUCUUUGCCUUCACGCCACAGUUCCUUGACCAGCAGCAAUUCUUCCUGGCACUCGAUAACAAAAUGAUCGUUGAAAUGCUCCGGACAGAUCUCUCUUACCUGUGCAGCCGCUGGAGGAUGACAGGGCGUCCCACCAUCAUCUUCCCCGUCUCGCACAUGAUGUUUGAUGACAGUGGUGAUGGCAUCCACCCGGCCGUUUUGGCCAUGCUGCGGAAAUUGCAGGACGGAUAUUUUGGAGGAGCGAGGAUCCAGACCGGUCGCUUGUUGGACUUCCUCACCACCUCGUGCCACUCCCACCUGAGUUUCAUGGACGCUGGGCCGGAUGCGGACAUCUGUGACGAGGUGGCCCAAUACCUGGACCAUCUCCUCCAACAGGCGGCUCCCAAGGCCCACCUCCUGCCCGUGGGUCAGAAAGCCGGCUUGCACCGCUUCCGGGCGGCGGUGCGCACCACCCAGGACCUGGUGUCUCUGCGGUCAAAGGCGAAGGAGCUCCACGUGGAGAACGUUGACAUGUACAUCCCUUCCAGCCUCUUCCAGGAGUCACGCCACUCAGUCCACCUUCUGGGGUCGCCGCGAGAUGGCAAGACAUCUUUCCCCGCCAAGGCGGACCUCCCAAAAGAUGCCGACGGGAACGUGGACUGCCGGUCAUUGGUGGAUCAGCUCCGGGCUUGCGCCACCCUGCAGGAUCAAGCCAACUGCCUAUCCAUAUUGUACAGCCUCAAGGGUCCCGAUUGGGAGACGGAGCUAUAUGGUGAGGCGGGAGCCACUGUGGGUGACCUCCUUACGGAGCUGUAUUCGAAAGCUGGCACAGCUCGGCAGUGGGGCUUGAUCCGCUACAUUUCCGGUGUCCUGAGAAAGAAGGCAGAAGCUUUAGAUGAGGCCUGUACCAGCCUCCUGUCACACCAGAAGCACCUCACCGUGGGUCUCCCCCCGGAGCCUCGCGAACGGACCAUCUCGGCCCCCCUUCCGUAUGAGGAGCUCACGCGCCUGAUCGAGGAUGCCAGUGAGGGGAACCUUAGCGUCUACAUCUUGACCCAGGAAAUUAUGGUUUACCUGGCCAUGUACAUCCGGACGCAGCCGGCCCUCUUUGCCGAAAUGUUCCGCCUCCGCAUUGGGCUCAUCAUCCAGGUGAUGGCGACCGAGCUGGCGCAGUCGCUGUCGUGCUCAGCCGACGAAGCCACGCAGACCUUGUUGAACCUCAGCCCAUCAGACGUCAAAAGCCUCCUGCACCACAUUCUGAGCGGAAAGGAAUUCGGCGUCGAGCGCAGCGUGCGGACCGCUGACUCAGCACCAGGUGUCUCCAUCCACGAAAUGGCUGGCGCCACCAAAACAGAGCGUGCCGGAAUCGCCCAGCUCCGGAGCGAAAUCCAGCAGGGGGGUGAUUGGCGCCCCACCAAGGAGACGCGUCAAGGCGGGUGGCGACGGCGACGGCGUCUCGAUGGCGCCCUCAACCGGGUGCCAGUGGGCUUCUAUCCGAAGGUGUGGAAGGUCCUGCAGAAGUGCCACGGUCUAUCCAUCGGUGGCUUUGUCCUCCCGUCUUCCGCCACCCAAGAGAUGACACCGGGUGAGAUCAAGUUUGCCGUUGGCGUCGAGUCGGCGCUGAACAAGAUCCCGCAGCCAGAAUACCGACAGCUCUGCGUGGAAACCAUCUGGGUGUUGACCCUGUUGGCUGAGGUCGACUUUGAUGGAGCCGGGAGGCUUGUCAGCAUCGAUGACAUCAUCAAGAUGGCGGAUGAAGCGUUCCGCCAGGAGCAGAAAGUCCUGGGUGCGGAUGACGCCAUGCUGGAGAGGGACCCCGCCACAGGCAUCUGCACCUUGCUCUAUGACAGCGCCCCCAGCGGGCGCUUUGGCACCAUGACUUACCUGUCCAAAGUGGCCAUCACCUACCUGCAGGAGUUCCUCCCCGAAGCCAGCUGCAGCAUGCAGUAGCCGAGAAUGAACAAAUCUCUCAAUAGUCUUUCUAUAUUGCCUUUGCCUUGCAAAUUAUAUGCAAAUUAGGUUUCCCAACACAAUUAAAGGGAGUUUUUUAUUCAGGGAGGGAAGAUUUUUCAAGGCUGUGUGGCAUUGGAAGGCUUGAAAUUAUGAAAAGUAGGGUUUUAAUUGUUGAAUUUUAAAAAUCAUUUACCCGGUAAUCAUUUCAAUGAUUUUUAAAUUUAACAAUCAUUUAAUCAUUUCAAUUAUCAAUUUAAAAAUGAUUUAAUCAUUUCAAUGUUUGUUAAAUUUAAAAAUUAUGUAAUCAUUUCUAUAAUUUUAAAAUUUAAAGAUUAUUUAAUAAUUUAAAUGAUUUAAAUAAAUGCAUGGGUUUAUAAUUUUUUUUAAUUACAUCAAUCCUUUAAUUAUUCAAAGUAUUUAAUCAUUUUAAUAAUUCUUAAAGAUAAUAAUUUAAAUGAUUAUUAAAAAUUAAAAAUACCAUGCGCCAAGGAAGGUGAUGGAAAGCCCCAAAUAAAAUGUAUUCCUUUCCUUUUGGUUUUGAAAUGAUUUUGAUAACUUCUAUAAAAUGUCCUUUUUAUGUUGGAAAUGAUGAUUUUGUAGAUUGAAAGUCUCCAAUUAAAUGCCUUAAUCCGUUUUCCGAUCUGAAAUUAUUUUGGUUUUGAAACAAUUUUGGCGAUCAAAAGUUUCCCAAUAAAUGCCUUAAUUUUAUUUUCUGAUUUGAAAUGAUUUUGGUUUUGAAAUGAUUUUGGCGAUCAAAAGUCUCCAAUAAAAUGCCUUAAUUUCGUU